AGACAUCAGUAGCGAGCCCGCUGGUCGGAUCUGACUGUCGACUUCCCGCGUACACUUGGACGCCCGCGAUCCGCGCGAUACACCGACCGACAGGUCCACCACGCCAAGCGCGUCUCUCCACUCUCAACACUGAGAGAGUGGUGAAGUUUGUCCAAAUUCUGAGUGAACGGAAAAGUCGGUUGGUUGGUCGCUUCAUGUGCGAGCGAGCGAGCGCCGUUCUGUUACCCCGUGAUAAUUUUUUUUGUGUGUGAAAGGGAGAGUGGACGAGAAAGUUAAAUAACCGCUUGGGAGUUCUCGACUGGAGUAUAGUUAACAUCGGAGGGGUGAGAAAACACUUGUGGAGUACGGUUUACAAAGUUUCUCAUCUACACAAAGUUCGGAGCGGAUACAGCAAAUUCGCUCCUUAUUGGAUUUGAAUAACAUUUGAGAGCACCCUUACUUCUGUUGACGUGGUGAAGUGAGACAUCUUUCAUCGUUGGGAGUUCACUGUUGUUUUUAACUUACAGUAUCUUUCACAUUGCUUUUUUCAUUCUCUUUAUUUCUUUUUGUGGUUUAAACAUAUUUCCCUCUUUUCAGAGAGGGGUUUGUGUUGAUCCUCAGGGAGAUGUAAACAAAGUGCACGUGGUUUUCUGUCUUAACGAUUUUUUGUUCAGAGAAGUUACUUAUUUUGUGGAGGGAGGAAUUAUUCCUAGCUACAACUGCAGAGUUUCUCAGAUCUGAAAAAGGUGUUUACUCUCAGUUGCAGUGGACUUAACAAGGAGAAGAAGUUUCUCCAAAUAUCAGAUUUUCAACUCUGGAAAUGGGGUCUUGCCCCAACUGUCGGAAAACAAUUCUGAUGGGGGAUGAAAAGAUGAGAAAUAUCUAACCCUAAAUCUUUCCUGUCCUCAAGGGGCGUAGUCACCAUGGAGAACUCAUCCGAGUUCGCAAACAUCUCUGGAAUUUUCUCGAACUCCACCGAGGCUUACCCCACAAGUACCGAAGCUUAUCUCAAAGGGGCUGGCAACUUAGUGGACAAGAUCUGUAGCCCUAUCAUCUACGUCAUAGGUUUCCCUGGCAACACAGUGUCACUUAUCAUAUGGAUGCAGAAGCGCAUGCGUCACUCGUCAGGCUACUAUCUAGCCGCCCUCGCCCUCAACGAUCUCGUGUUCCUGUUCUUGCAGGUUCUCUUCGAGCUGGAGACAGCCUGGCUGAUGAGGGUAAUCUCCUAUCCUGUCAUGUGCCAAGUGUUCCCAACGGUGUAUCUCGCCACACAGUGCCUGUCUCCAUAUCUCGUGUUGGCGUUUACCACCGAACGAUACAUCUCUAUCUGCCACCCAUUUAAGCGGGAGAGCUACUGUACUGUGCGGCGAGCCAAGAUCGUUAUCGCGUGCCUUAUCGUCUUCUGUCUGUGCACGACUUGUGUCAACUCAUAUUUCUACAUCCUGCUCCCAGUGAACGGCACGUCUGUUUACGAAUGUCACCCAAGGAUGGAGGUGCUCGAGGGCGAGAACAAGUCCGUGUUUAACGUUUACUCCAUGUGCGUGGAAGGACUUGCGUUCUUCUUAGUGCCUAUCACUAUUCUGGUGUUGAACAUCUUCGUAAUUCGAGAGAUGAGACGACUGUCACAAAUGGAGCAGGCUCACCAGCACGGCUCUCCCUCCCGCACGGGCAGUACAACUGUCAUGUUACUCGCCGUCUCCUUCUACCAGAUCAUAACGACUUUACCCGUGUCCAUCUUUUACGCUCUCAGGGUACAGUACCAGAUGGACCCUGUGUACUACUUCGCCCAGACCAUCAUCAACGAGUAUGGAAACACUCACUACGCGUUCAACAUCUUCAUAUACCUCAUCACGGGCAAAAUGUUCCGUCAAGAGUUGAAGAAGUUGCUGCUUAGACCGUUCAGAAAACUGGCUUCCACACUUCCGCGUGAUUACUCCAGCCUGCGCACGAGCAUUCAGGCGAGUACAAAGAGCAAGGGGACCUGGGUCUCCAUUAACGGGAAGCACAACAACGGGGAGAAAAAGGAAGAAAAGGCGUCCGAGACUCUGUUGUAGGGGAAACGUCUAUGUCUUUCCUCUUGGAACUGAACACGCACGACCGAGAUACAUAAACACAGUACUUCUAUCCGCCAAUGCGUUUAGAUACGCAAAGAUACCUUUCACACAGUUCGGGAGAACAGAGUGACGUGAGAUCGCCUCUUGUGUUAUACCUUUGUGUGUGUCGGCGGUAAAAUGUCUUCUCACACUGUUCGAACGUCCUCUUGGGUUCAAGUUCUUUUAAAAAGCUUACACAUGAUAUUCUUGUCGAAUACACACACUUGUCAUUGUAGGGUAAAUAAGCCAACUGGCGCUGAAUACUCUUUCACGAAGUACAGAAGCGUUUAUGGACACAUAAUGCUCUUCCAUAAAGUACAAAGUGUGAACGGGCAAUGAAGCUCUACCAUGUAGGACACAAGCUUCUAUGGAACAAUUAUUGUUCUACCAUAACAUUUGUACAGACGUCAAAUAUCCUCCAUCCUGUAGGGAUGGUUACGGAAUCCAUUACUUGAUCGCAUGAAUGCAAUUACCAAAUGCAGUAAAGAAUGAAACUUUUCAAUCACUUUUUCUUCUUACCGCUUUCUUCUAGCGAAUGCAUUUUGAGUAUGGUGUUGUGGACAUAAAAGACUUCUCUUUUGCACCAGAUAUCCCGCCUUUUACUGUUUGUUUUUUUUCAAGACUGUGAUGACCUGAGUAAGCUGUCAAACAAAAUGGAAGUGUUCUUUGGCCCAGAAAUAACGCAGUUGCAAUAUGUAAAUAUGAAGUGACCUUGAUGCUGACAAAUCAUACUGUUUUGUGUGUGUUUGGUGGCGAGAUGGGAA